AUGGGUGGUGUUUCACUGGACGGUGGAUUUAAACGAGUUGCCAUGGUAGAAGAUUUUUUUGAUAUUAUUUACAGUGUACAUGUGGAAAUGGAUGGCCGAGGUGGGAAACAUGCAGGACAGAAGAGGACAUACAGAGCCAUUGCUGAAACAUACUCAUUCCUGCCCCGAGAAGCAGUUACCAGAUUUUUGAUGUCCUGUUCAGAUUGUCAGAAAAGAAUGCAUCUUUCAAUGGAGAACAACAAUAACAGUAAAACAGCAGUACAACAAAUAGAGGAUAGUCCGGUUCUCAAAACCCACAGUUUGCCACCGAUAUCAGAUGACCCACCGCUAAUAGACUUCAGUUUAUCUAUUACUCAAACAUAUAUGAAUCAUAUGAAGAAUUAUGGAUAUUUUUCAGAUUAUUCUGCUCAAGACGACGGAGAUGCUAAUUUACCAUUUCGUGAUAUGACUUUGUAUUGUACUGAUUGUACCUGA